GAGCACACAGUCAGCGCGGCGUCAUUGCUCUCAUCUCCUGCGGUCUACCUUUCCUGUUUCCCCGCAGCUCCGGGUCGGUCAGUCGGUCGGACUUGGCCGGAGAAGCAGCGCCAUGGCUCGGGAGAACGGAGACACCGGUAGAGGAGAGACGUGGAAAAAACAGGUCGACGACAUCAAGAAGAUUUUUGAUUUUAAAGAAGUCCUCGGCACAGGAGCAUUUUCUGAGGUCGUCCUGGCCCAGGAGAAGCUGACGAGCCGGAUGUUUGCGGUGAAGUGCAUCCCUAAGAAGGCGCUGAAGGGGAAGGAGAGCAGCAUCGAGAAUGAGAUCGCCGUUUUAAGAAAGAUCAAGCAUGAGAACAUCGUGGCCCUGGAGGAUAUCUAUGAGAGUCCUGACCACCUCUACCUGAUCAUGCAGCUGGUGUCCGGUGGUGAGCUGUUUGAUCGAAUUGUGGAAAAAGGGUUCUACACGGAGAAAGAUGCGAGCACGCUGAUCCGACAAGUCCUGGACGCUGUGAACUACCUGCACAAGCAGGGCAUUGUGCACCGAGACCUGAAGCCAGAGAACUUGCUGUAUUUUAAUCCCCAAGAUGAGUCAAAGAUCAUGAUCAGCGACUUUGGUCUUUCCAAGAUGGAGGGCAGUGGGGAUGUCAUGUCCACAGCAUGCGGCACGCCGGGAUAUGUGGCUCCAGAAGUUCUCGCCCAGAAGCCGUACAGUAAGGCAGUGGACUGCUGGUCCAUCGGAGUGAUCGCCUACAUCCUGCUGUGUGGUUACCCUCCGUUCUACGAUGAGAACGACUCCAAGCUUUUUGAACAGAUCCUGAAGGCGGACUACGAAUUUGAUGCUCCGUACUGGGACGAUAUAUCAGACUCAGCGAAGGAUUUCAUCGGCAGUCUGAUGGAAAAAGAUCCAGACAAGCGUUUCACCUGCGAUCAGGCACUCAGACACCCCUGGAUUGCUGGGGAUACAGCACUCUGCAAGAACAUCCAUGAGUCAGUGAGCCGGCAGAUCAGAAAGAACUUCGCCAAGAGCAAAUGGAGGCAAGCGUUCAAUGCCACCGCCGUGGUUCGGCACAUGAGGCGGUUGCAACUUUGCAGCAGCAUGGGAAGCAGCAUGGACGCCUCCAACCUGCCGACCAGGCCGAACCAGACGCCCCGGCCGGUCCAAAGCCAGAGCCAGCCAGCUCAGAGCCAAAGCACGGGCCAGGCGAUGCAGAACCAGAGCGCUAAAACAGCCGCUAGCACAGAAAACAACGUAGCAGCUCCCCACAAGGACAAUGCUGCUGCACCGGUCACUCCCUGCAGUCUGGCGUCUGCAGCCUCCUCUCCCCCUGCCGGGGCAGAUCUGACCCGUCAGCACCCCACGGUGGUCACCCCCCCGAUGCUCACAGAGACCAAGUGACGCCAGGUCCCGCGGAGAACUAGCUGGGAGGCCACAGCACUGUGAGGUAGAGAGACAGAAAGAGACGGAGGAAGACUUUGUUUCUCCCUCUCCUCACUGCAUUUCCCCCAGCAAGUUCCCCGCCCUGCACCCUGGAGAGCAGAGGACUUUACCUCCACCCCCGCUGAUACUGUAUGCCCACUGCUUCCCCACCAGGACGCCAUGUUGGAUUCCUCCAGCCACAGCAACAUAUGGCGACUGACAUUACGAGGAUGUUUGGAAGCCCAGCUUGGAUUGGUUGCUGGUUAAGUAUUUGGGGCGUCGCUGGCACAAGCUAGAGCCUUGAUUGUUGGUUUACGGUGCGGGCCGUGUUAUCACAUUAUUUAACUUCAAGUUCCUUUUUGAAUCUGGUCUUUCCUGCGCCUCUUUGUUUAGCCUUUUUUCAAAAUAUGGUAUGAGUGUUGACAACUGGAUUGUUUUAUUUUAUAUAAUUGCUGUAAAUGUUAAAGAUGGUAUAAGUAAUUAUUCAAAAAGCAAGCACAUUAUUGUCAAAUUGAUCUUGCGACUUUGGUCUAAUUUCUGUAAAUCAACACUACAAUUGGCAGCGGAAUGUGACCUGGUGACUGUGUGUAAUUCAGAGGCUGAUAGGUCUUCUUAAAUCAUUUUACUAAUGUAGCAGCUAAUGUAACAACUAUUCAUUCAUGUCAAAAAGCUACAUAUAUCAUCUUUAAGGUGUUUUAUAUGUCCUUAUGGGCAUUUUUGUGUUUGUGCUUUAAGAAGUGCUUUAAAAGUACCAUACGACUGUUGAAAUGUGGAACCAUGAGUAAGCGCUUUAUGUACACUACUAUACGUUAGCUUGGCCUUCCUUUACAGGCGGGGCAGUAAAGUUUGAAGACAGCCACAAAACACAUGAUACUUCACUGACUAUGUCCCACAUGGAUCCUCAGAGUAUUUGACCUGUGUGAUGAAAAUCCAAGAUGGAGAAGCUGUUGGCUGCUGGUCCUGCGCCUUCUAGAGAAGCCAUGAUAUCACCCUUUAGCAUCAUCAAGCUGCACCCAGUUCAGAAGUGCUCAGGGAAAGCUGUGACUGCACUGUGAGCUGGUGCAAAUAUAUUUCCUGUCUAGAGUUUUUUGGUCCAGAUACGGAGCCAUCACAGUUAGGAUCUGUGGCUUACGUUGUUAGCUGUGUCCUUAUUUCAGUACUGUAAUGACUCAUCAUUUGAAUACUGUAUUCAAACUUCACGUUUAGCUCCCUUCGCAUUUGCUCUUUGCUCACCGCUUGUUUGGGGCCAGAGUUGUAUGGUUUCCUCACCUGCUAGCUUGCACUGCUUAGCACAGCAUGUAAAAAGGUCAGUGGUAACCUAAACUGAAAGUCGAAGUCAUUUGAAAUUUCAGCACUGCAACAUUUUCGAGCAAUGAGCAUUGCCAUAGUUGGGCGGUAAAGCUCACUCCGUAGAAACACACAGGCUAGCGCAGAGCCAUUUUACCGCUUGUCAUCUGAAGACAGCUUUAAACUUGGGCUUAGAUGCUUCGACCUCUAGACUCAAAGGUGUGUUUUACUCGACCCUUGUACACAGCCUUUUUUGUCCAUUUUUUUUAGUUAAUAACUCCCUGAAUCCUGGAACAGCGCAGCAGAGCUCUUUGACAAAAUUGGACAAAACUACCAAAACAACCGUAAGGAUUCGUUGGUUGUUGCUGUAUGAUCCAACAGCAGUUGUUGGGAAGACUGGUAAGCAUAGCAUAGUUCUCCAAAUUAAAUUAAAUGGUCCAACACAGGCAAAAGUGAAGUAUUUAGAUUCAUUGCAAGUAAAACAAAAAUGAAUGUAUCCUUGACACAGCUCAUGGUUGCUAGUAGUUGCUGUUAAAUGGAUCAUUAAGUUUGACUGACUUUAUUUUGAGCUGUUUUUGAUGGAGCUUUCUCCUGACUCCACAAGCUUUCACGGUCUAUGGUUACUGGUGGAAAUUUCCGUCAAGACAGAACUGUACAAUGUUGAAUGCUCACACAUAUCAGAUUGUCAUGAUGCAAUUCUUCUGAUCCCUUUAUUGUGAAAUGUAGCCAAAGACCAGUGCUAGAAACUAAGACAUUUGGUUUGUUCUACUGGGUGAAUUGGCGAAUACAGAACUAGUCAGAUAUGAAGCUGUUCGAGACUCAAGUUGACUUAAACUAAGGGCUGAACUCCAGCUGCAAAUGAAUCUGGAGAAAGAUGUUUUCACUUUGUUCCCUACUUAAUCUGUAGCCAUUUACCUUUUUUUUGUUUUAUAUACACAGAGAGCUGUUGCAAAGUGCUUAUGGCAAAAAGACAGUAAGUCAUUUUUGGCUUGUUGAGUCAUUGAGUGUGACCAGAACAAACUAUGACAAGACAUUUGUGAAUGCUAUCCAAUCUAUGUUUUCUUCAGCACCUCCUCACUCCAAUACGCACUGCAAGGACAAUUUCGUUCUGUUUGAUCUUCUGGUCUUUCUCCUGUCUCCCAAUCUGUUAUUCCCCUCUCCGUACCCUACAAACUUCCUACCCCAUCUGCAGAUCUUAGCACUUAGUCCUUUGGCUUCUUCUUCUAUCACGAUGAGACAUACAUAUGGAGUUGACAGGAGACAAAUCCUAAAGUCUGUCAGCUUUUGGUCAAAGGUUUAACUCAACCGUCCCUUAAUGUGCAUGUUCAGUAAGAAACAUGAAUCUACAUUACUUCAGGGGUUAGCGACUGUCAGUCACAGUUACGGAUAAAGCUGACGGCAACACACGUCUCACCCUGUCAUUCAUGCGGUUUUGUGAGAAGUUUUCACAAAAAUAAUUGAUCUUAAUUUAAUUUAUUUUCACAAAUAUACUUCUACUUUUUUUUAUUAUUGUCCAACACACACACGAGAUGUAUGCUGUCGAACAUACAUUGUGGAUCUUGCACUGAUAUUGAUGCAAAGACACAUUUGUUUUCCUCAUCCAGUCAAAAUAUAGUUUUAGUUCAAUAAUGGAGUUAUUAUUGUUUUACUGAGGGGAACUUUAAACCAUGUAAGGGCUUUACUUAUUAUGAUCACCUUAUUCAUUGUAACCAUAGACAGUAAACACCCCCUUGAUUGCUAUGCAUUCUUUUUUACAGUGUGUCGCCAAAUAUUUUGGGGUAAUUAGGUUCAGGAAACUUCAGCACCUAUAGUUCAAAAAUAUAAAGAUAUUAUUAUUAGGGAAUAAAGAAGUGCAUUAUUAUUAUUGUUUCUGAAUGACCUCCAUUUAAAAGUGUUGUUCGCGGUUUUCUGUGGGGAAAAAAAAGAUAUUAUAGAAUGGUCAGCCAACACUGUAAGUAUAUGUUUCUUUAAUGGGAACUGGACAUUUGAGUUACCAACAGAAAGAGGGUUCAGUAUAAUGCUGCUCUGGGGCUUUAUGUCUGCUCUCUCAAGUUUCAUGAAUGAAUCUUAACAUGUAAAAGAUGCUACUGUAAAUAGAUUGUGAAUAUGAAUGAUCAUUUUCAAGAUAAUAUUUACCAAUGUUUUGCUGUUCAGGCAUGUGAGAGGGAGUGAGUGUGUCGAGGAAAGUUGAUUGUAUUCUCAAUAGAAUGUUUAAUGUUAAAAUAGGGUCAGUCUGCUGUCACUUAUACUGUCCCACAUGAGACUGAGAGCUACACAGUGCCGCGUAACGCCAUCACUGUUGCAGCAUCAUGUCAGUCAUCAAGUGAAGCAUCUUUAACUGAACUCAGGCUGUCAUAUCUGCCAUUAUAAAGGAAGAAAUCCAAAGCUGUGACCGACUCAGACACACUGUUAAGGAGGAGCGGCGCUCGUCCACCCUUUCGCCUUUUUUUUUUAAACAACACGCUAUCACAAAAGAUAAAAAAACACAACCAUGCGUGUUUGCAUAAUCUUAUAUGCCCUUGUAUGAUGUUAGUAUCUGUAUUAUGUUAAAAGGUACACAGGUAGAGAUAUCCCAGUUCAUCUAGCAGCAGAGUUUCACUUCCACAAACAGUUUCCAUUGUUAGAAAUAUUCGGGCUAAAUAGCAUUUAUCCAGAGAACAAAAUGCUGCUUAUCGGAGCGAAUUCCAGCUGAUUCCCUUCAUACAUGAAUGACAUGGAAAGAAAGUAAAUUAUUAAUUUUCAUUGUAAUUGUAUGACAGGGAAUAUUGCCUUUUCAUUUAUUCAUGACAUAAGAAAUGACUAAAUUAACUUACCAAGGACAUGACGCUAUUAGCUUGUAUAGCUUAAACUGGGGCUUCUUAGCUAGCCGUUGAUGUUAUGCUGAGGUUUACACAGUGAAAUAUAUUUGCGAACUUCUACAUCUGAACCUGUAUUGAAAUUUGACAAAGAUGUUACUUAUAUGUAGGUUAUGCGAAUACUUGAUAAAGUUGGUUGCCAAAUGCUUCAAUAGUCACAACAUUGUCUCAUAGCGUUAGAGUCGCUAGGUUUGUUAGCUGUUAUGCUAGCAGCUGCUAACGGAACUAGUGAGAGCAGCUCUACCUCUGAAAACUGUGUGUGGGACUAAAACUUGAUACAUGCUGCUGUGAGGGACCCUGUGUCUCCCUGUGGGUUUCGUGUACAGAGCCGGCGUAUUGUAUUUACUCUCUGCAUGUGACCACAAUAAGCUCCCAUCUUGUGCUUCGCCGUCACUCAGACGACACCCUCCUUCCUCAGAGCGGGCAUCGCCUGCGGCACUAAUUGUGCUACGAUGUUGAUGAAGACGACUCUUUGUUAAUGGGGCUUGUAUAUCAGAUGCCUUCGACAAUCAUGUGCACAUAUCAAAGUUACCAUGAUGACACAGGCCAGAGCGACUGAUUGUGUUUGUCUUUGUCCUUAAAUAAAUCCUGAAUGGUCGAAA